GCGUUUUCCCGCCCCAAAAGGCUCAAACGCCAUGCGCGGCAACCUGUGCCGACAAUUGUCGACCUUGACCUGCACCAAGUCGCAUCGAUCGAUGUGUCCACCACCUCGACUAUGCCGCCCGGUCGUUCCCGGCAUUUUCUCCAUUGGGAUUCCCAGCGAUACGGCACGCCUCUUGUGUUCUCAACAGGCGAACAAACCCUCGACUCGUGGGUCUUGCAUGUGUGACACAUGCCCAUUUCGCGUCGUUUAUCCUGGCAAGCCUUGGGAACCUUGGAGCAUGUCAUAUGGCAUAGCAACGGCAUUUGUCCCUUGGCCGACCAUGAUAUCGUACGAGGUACGCAGCUCCGAGCAAACUCACUGACCUUGCACGAGAGGAAUUUCGGCCGCGGUGCCCACACUCGGACCGCCUCUCAACGCUCGACUAUUGAAAAAGUAGAUUGCGCGGCCUGCAUGCCAAUGUCGUUCAACAGUCGGCACCCGGGAUCCAACGAUGUUUGUUCCGCGGCAAUACAGCCUACAGGGAAAACUUCUAGCGACGGUGCCUUGCCUUCUAGUCUCCGUCACUCCCCGUCUUGGCAUCUCGUCUUGGCAUCCCGCCUUGGCAUCCCGCCUUGGCAUCCUUCAAUGUCGACUUCCAUGAUGGCGCUAGGGGAGCACCCUAUCGACAACAGACUCCUUACCUUGACACUAUGGCCGGGCAAAUUGUCGUUACUGCGAUGCGAUUCUGAGAAAGUUCCCGAAUGUUUGCUAUGCCGUGCAGAGCCACUUCGUUGUACGAGCAGGGUACACGGAGAGUAUUGACACCAAGUACCCCUCACAUCCAUGCUGGUGCCAUCCACUAGGACACUGACGCCUGUGACGGCUGUUUUGCAGCCCGAUCCUUGUUGACAGAGUCACAGAUGCCAUAUGCUUAGACGAAACUGAUCCGGUCUUAAUGAUACUGUAACAGGAUCUCGAGAGUCGUUAUU